AAAAAGAAGAGUGAUCCAAAGUGAUGACUGUUACCUAUAAUGCUAAUGUUUAUGCAGAUGAAUUUGAUCAAGAGGAUGUUUAUGUUAACUCUACAGUUCCCACUGUGGAGAAACACAAGCCCACGUCAGAUAAGAAGCGUCCCUUCAUCAUUCCCGCCGCUGUUCGACCUUUUUUGCCGUUGGCAGGGUGUUGGGUGAUACUUUUAAUAAUCUUGUUCCUUCGUAUCCACUUUACCUCUGUCAUUUCUGCCAAACUGAAUCAAAACCUCCAGGAAGAAAUCAGUCUCAAUGAACUCUGGAAGCAGUACUGUGAUGAUCUGAAUGUCCAGAUAUACAACAUGAGAGAAGCUCAAUAUUUCUUGAUGAACAACGUGAGCAACCUGAAUGAUGAAAACGAUCGACUGAAGGGAGAAAUUCAGCAGGUAAGGGCAGAGAAGCAGUCCAUGAGUGAAGAAGUUCAGCAGCUGAAGGCAGAAAACCAGCGACUGAAGAAAACAUAUGAAUACAGUACUGCAAUCCCAACGGUGACAAUGUGGAACACAACGAGUAAUAUAACUACCCGUUCUGUUUCAUCGAUGUGGAGGUCCCACUAUCGACGAAGAAGGCAGAUUGAGCCUUGCCAGAGAGGAUGGCUCCAAUUCAAGUCCAGCUGCUACGCGACCAGUUACCAUUACUCUUUGGAUCAGAAGACCUGGGAAGGAGCUCGAGAUGACUGCAGAGGAAGGAAUUCAGAAUUGGUUGUUAUAGAAAGUCCAGAGGAACAAGACUUCGUCUAUAGCAGCUUAAUUCGGUUGGGAGCCAGUGACUAUUGGAUUGGCUUGAGGGUCAAAGGUGGCAGCUGGAACUGGGUUGAAUUAUGA